AUGACGGUGGUGGACAAUGCCUUCGCCGCCGUGCUGGCCGCCUGCGUGUUCCUCGGGCGAGAGGCCGCCGACGAUGUGCGGGACCAGAUCUGCUCUCUGGCUAGCCGAUUGGAGCAGGGAAUGACUGCCGAGGAGGACCGGCAGGCAGCGCUGGAGCUGCGAGUGCUUCGAACGCGGCAGCAAAUCUUGCAGGACGUGGUACGCGCCAGCAACAACGCACACGGUGGUGCUACACUGUGCUGUCUCUUCAUCACGGUCAUGGAGGCCUCCGUCUGCUGCUACGCUGGUGUCUCGUACGUGCGGGCCAUGAUAAACGGGAGAGGGAUGUCUGGGACUCUCGCCGACUACGGCGUCAUCGUCAGCGCUUGGGCUCUCAUCCUUUUGUUGAGGUUCAUGGCAAACUGCAUCAUGGGCGAGCAGUUGUGCAAAUCGGUGCAGGGGUUCAGAAGACAAGUUCAGUUGCAAGACUGUCGCUACGGCGUCUACGACCUGCUGUACUUUGAUUACACCACAAUGAAAGCGGUCAGCAGCUGUGUUGAUGCGAAGUGCGUGAACUCGGUCACAACUGUCGUGAACCCGCUUGGGGGCAUCUUGGACCCGGUCGUGAGCGUCCUCAACCCAGUGGUGGAGGGGGUUGCCGGACUGGUGCCCAUCCCCGGCGCCCUGCUCGGUGCCGUGGCGCCCUACACGGCGUUGCUCAACCCGCUGCUUCAGUCCGCGCUGCUGCAGAACAACAUCACGCAGUUCUCCUCGGACAUCGUGACAAACCUCUCGGCCAUUGUGGCAUUACUGGCCAACGCCGUGCUGCCUGUACCUCCAUACCUUAGGCCGGACCAGGAAGCGCCGAAAUUCGGCUUCGUCGGAGAGGCCUACAACGUGACGACUUCGGACGGCUACAUCCUUGGAGUGUUCAGAGUUCGAAACGGAACGUGCGCCUCGUAUCGUUCUGUUGUGAUUGUCGGACCAGGGGUCCUUUCCAAUGCGGCUUCCUUUAUCUACAUCAAGGAAAACAGCCUAGUGUACCGUCUUGCACGAGAAUGCAACGACGUUUGGCUGUUCACUUUCCGAGGUAGUCUAUUUGGACGUGGACACACACUUCUCAGUGACACAAGCUCCGCAUUUUGGGACUUUUAUCAAUACCACUGGGGCGUCUAUGACCUGCCGGCGCAGAUAGAGUUCGUCUACCGAAAAACGAACAACACCAGAAUGCGCUACUUCGGCGUGGACCGGGCCGGCACCGCCCUGCUCUUCAUGAAUCACGUCUACGGCCAGCGAUACCAGAGGUUCCUGGCCGCCACAUAUCUGAUCGGUCCCAUCGGCUACCUCGGACGCCUGUCAUCCUUGAUCUUCGACGUACUCGCCGUUCUGCGGGACGGCCUCACGGCCGCCGGAGCACUGGUGCUACACAACGAAGUUGCCUUCAUGAACCCGACGAUACACUCGGUGCUGUACAACUUGUGUGGCCGAAUCAGCCCGAUCACGUGUUACUACAUAUUCCAGAUCCAGGCAGGAAACAGCAGAGAGAUCAACUACCCAUUCUUUCCCUAUGCUUUCGCGAACUUACUGGACAGCAUAUCGGUGACCAGCCUGAACUAUUAUCUUCAACAAACUGGCAAGAUAAAGUACAUGGCGUAUUUCGACUACGGCCCGGCUGAGAAUUUGAGGCGGUACAACCGAACUACCCCGGAAAGCGUCAACAUAGCCGCAACUACAGUGCCAUGCAACUUCUACACUCCAGGCAGAGGCACUGUGCCCGUCCCAGAGGACGUCCUCGACACCUGGCUUGCCCUGGCCCCGUCUGCCCGGGCGUCCUACCAGGUUCUCGAGAAGUACAACAAUGUGAGUCCUUUCGUGCCGGUCGACUCGGAGGGCCUCUACGGUCCAAUGGUCCGCCAGCUGAACGCCGACCUGGCGCGGGGCGCGUAACUUGGAAGACCCUACGACGACUUCCGUUUUGGCCGAGAGAUGACUGCUGGUCACCUGUGCAUCUGCAGCACGCUCCCGGCACAGAGCGGCAGUCUCUAUUGGAAUAAAAUAUUUACUCAAGCAGUGAA